AUGCCUCCACCCACUCUUACCAUCACUCCCAAACUCCUCCUCUCUGUUUUCCUCGUCGGAGCUCUGGCCUCCGCCGUGGUAGCUCAAGACUGCGGCUGCGUAUCCGACGAGUGCUGCAGCAAAUGGGGCUACUGUGGAACCAGCCCCGACCACUGCGGCUCAGGCUGCCAAAGCGGCCCCUGCAACAGAAACGACAUUCAGGUUGCCGACAUCGUCACCCCUGAAUUCUUCAACGGCAUCAUCGACCAGUCCGACGGCGACUGCGCAGGGAGGAGCUUCUACUCUCGCGACGCCUUCUUGCGCGCACUCGGGUCCUACCAAGGUUUCGCCCGGCUCGGAUCCGACGACGACUCCAGGCGCGAAAUCGCUGCCUUCUUUGCCCACGCCACCCACGAAACAGGAAGCAAGUUUUUUCCCCCCUUCUUCUUUUUAAAGGAGAUUGAUGGGCCAUCCAAGGACUACUGCGAGGAGGAGAAUACCCAGUUUCCUUGCAAUCCAAGCAAGGGUUACUACGGCCGGGGUCCGCUCCAGCUGUCCUGGAACUUCAACUACGGCCCCGCCAGAGAGCAGAUCGGAUUCGACGGACUCAACUCCCCUGAAACGGUGGCGAAUGAUCCAGAAGUAUCAUUCAAGACGGCUCUGUGGUUCUGGACCAACAACGUCCAGCCGGUGAUGGACCAGGGAUUUGGGGCCACCACCAGGGCCAUCAAUGGCGAUUUGGAGUGCGACGGAAGUAAUUCCGCCACCGUGCAACGCCGUGCCGAUUUUUACACCGAGUAUUGCCGCCAACUCGGUGUUGCUCCUGGGGACAAUCUCACAUGUUGA